AUGGAUCCGCAACAACCUGAAGAAGAUACCAAUCUUUUCGAAGAGAUUCUACUCCGAUCUGUUUCGACAACUGUUUCCAGUGAACCAAGUACAACAUCUGAAUAUAUUUAUGAUCAUAAGGAUUAUAAAUUUAAAUCUGAUUCGGAUAUUCCAAGACUUUUACUACAAAGAAAAAUACAUUUUGGAUCGGAAAGAUAUUUUCCAAAUAUUUGUAAGAGAAUCAAUCCUUAUAGUGAUGUAAGAUUUAGUCCGCAUAAAAAAUUGAAAUCACAUUCUUCCUUGAUUUAUCAAAUGCAUUUGAGCCAUGUGAUUCAUGAUAAGAAGAAUGGACAUAGAGGUUGUGUUAAUUCUGUUAAUUGGGCACCAGCUGAGGAUGUAUUGAAGAGUAAUUGUUAUGGAGGUGUAGAUUUGAAUAAUUUGCUAAUUUCUGGAAGUGAUGAUUGUCAUAUUAAUAUUUGGGAUGCAAACAAAUCGAAAUGUCUUCAAAGAGUUCCAACACCUCAUACAGGAAAUAUAUUUUGUGUUAAGUGGUUUCCAAAUACUAACUUGUCGACAUUUAUUUCUAGUGCAGCUGAUGGAAAGAUUGGAAUUUAUAGAAAUGGAAAACAUACUCAAUCUAUUAAGGAACAUAAUGGAAUGGUACAUAGGGUUUGCAUUGAGAAUGGAUCUUCUGAUAUAUUUAUUUCAAUAUCACAAGAUGGUAGUUGUAAAUUAUUUGAUUUGAGACAACCUGUGCAUCAACAUACAACUUUAUUAACCUUAAAAGAAGGUUCCACUGGAACUAAAUCAGUUGAUAUCAAUAGUAUUGACAUGAAUCCAUUGGAUGUAAAUGAAUUCAUUUUGGGAUGUGAUGAUCAAUACGUGAGACUCUUUGAUAGAAGAAGAAUUUUGAAUAAUGAACCAAGGAAUACCUAUUGUCCUACUAAUUUAAUCACAAGAAAUCAAGAAGGAACACAAUAUCUAUUCCCAACUCAUGUGACAGGUGUUAGAUUCAACAAACAUGGUAACGAAAUAUUGGCUACCUAUAGUGGGGAUAAUAUUUAUUUAUUUGAUAAGAAUGGCCCAGACUCAAAGAUGAAAUACAAUGGGCAUUGUAAUAUUAGAACAGUUAAAGAAGUUAAUUUCUUUGGAGAGGAUUCUGAGUUUGUAAUAUCAGGAAGUGAUUGUGGAAAUGUUUUUGUUUGGGAUAAGAAAACAGGUUGUAUUGUAAAUAUUGUAAAGGGAGAUCAGCAUGUAGUUAAUUGCCUAUCUCCUCACCCUUAUUACCCAGGUGUAUUGGCUACAAGUGGUAUUGAGUAUAAUAUCAAAUUAUUUGAAAUGGGCAAAUUGGACUAUUUUGGAGAUAAAAAAGAAACUAAAAUUUCAAAUAAUAUUGCUUACAGAGUUAAUAAUCAAUCAAGCGAUGUUUCUGAGUUGGUAAAGGAAAAUGAAAGAAAAUUGAGAGAAGGUCAUCAAAGUUUAAUUCUUCCAGCUAGUAUGGUUUUGAAUAUUAUGCAACUAUUGAGUGAGACUGAAACUGAAGAGGCAACAAAUCAACCACGUGUAAACAGAAGACAAAGAAGACUCAGAGAAUUACUUCAAUUCCUCGGAGAUAUGUGGCAAAGUGAUGACGAUUCUGAUGAGGAAGACGAAAGUGACGAAGAGUAA